CAAACAAUUUAAGUCAUGUACACGAAUAUAAAGUGACUAUCAAAUCCUCUUCGUUGGCAAAAUAAUUUGGUUAUAUUUGUCUCAACAGCUUUUCUCUAAACACGUGACUAAUUAAAAUGCUUUUCCAAAUAUUUUUUUUUUCUCGUUUCUUGUUAUGCAUGAGAAAAUCAAUAUGAUCCCAAAUGUGUUUGCAUUUAGUUGCCACAAUCCGAAAUUUGAAUUCAAAUGAUCGCGCCAAGUCAGAAGAUUUUUGUAUUUUCAAGAAAAUCAUCAUCGUAAUUCAGCUGCAUUGAAGUAACUUAUUUUAAUUCUUUUAUUUUCUGUUAAGCAGCUUGUUAAUCAGUUACAAAGUCAGUUAGAAAGUGUGUUAAGCAAGCAACUAGAAGCUUCUAAUUUCUCUCUGUAUAUAGCUUCGGUUCUCGCUUAGUUGUAAUCAGUUUAGCAUAAUGAGAAAUCAGUUCAUCACAAAAUAUCUUUUCUUCUUCUGCUUCUUUCUCUACUGCUCUGCUUCUAUUUCCCUCUCAGCUCAGCUUUGAAUUCUCACAAGCUGGUAUUUCCUUUUGCCUUUUUCAAAUGAAAGUAAUUCAACAAUGGCACCUCCAAAGGGGAAAUCAAAGAAGACUGGGAACUCGAGAGGAACGACGUCUUUGAACCCAGGAGCACCAGCAUAUACACCUACUCCCAACCACCCGAGACCACCACCAAUGCCUACGCCUGCUGUGAACCACCCGAGACCACCACCAACGCCUACGCCUGCUGUGAACCACCCGAGAGCACCACCAAUGCCUACUCCUGCUGCGAACGUGAGAGCACCACCAACGCCUACGCCUGCUGCGAACGUGAGAGCACCACCAACGCCUACACCUGCUGCGAACGUGAGAGCACCACCAACGCCUACGCCUGCUGCGAACGUGAGAGCACCACCAACGCCUACGCCUGCUGCGAACGUGAGAGCACCACCAACGCCUACACCUGCUGCGAACGUGAGAGCACCACCAACGCCUACUCCUGCUGUGAACGUGAGAGCACCACCAAUGCCUACGCCUGCUGUGAACGUGAGAGCACCUCCAAAGCCUACACCUGCUGUGAACGUGAGAGCACCUCCCCCUCCUCUGCCUCCACCUGCUGUGAAUGUGAGAGCACCACCAAUGCCUACACCUGCUGUGAACCCGAGAGCACCAACGCCGCCAACACCUGCUGUGAACCUGUCUCAGAUGGGCGAAUGGUCUCCGUUGUCGGAUGGCAUUGGCAGUUCAGAUCCACUGGGAGGGCUCAGUGAGCAAGAAAUGAACCGCCUUGUAGAGGCUGCCCUCUAUGGCACGACCAAGACUUCACUGCCAGGUAAGCUGUGCGGAAAGAAAGAAUAAGUUUCUUUCAUCAUGUUGAUCACCAUAUAAUUCUUCAAUUCAUGUAGUUAGUUUUGUGUUUUGGGAUCAUGUCUUGACUCUUGGUCUUGGAAAAUGUUAAGUACUCUGCUGUUGAUGUUAGAACUCAGUGCAGUUUCUGUAAAUGUUGUUUGAUUCUUUCUGUAUGAAGCUCCAAAUUUUAGUUGUCUGCUGUUGAUGUUUGAACUCAGUGCAGCAUGUUGUUUGAUUCUUUCUGUAUGAAGCUCCAUAUUUUAGGUUGAUUAAUUGUUGUUUAAAUUCGUAUUUUAUUUCAUCGUUUCGCUACAUAUCUCGUUGGAAUAAGUUAGUAUAUAGUGAUGAAUAAGACAUUUUUUUACCAAAAUCAUUAAAUCAACAGCUAAUGCAUAUAUAUAUACACACAAGACUAAAGAUGAAAUACCAAACUGAAGCAUAACAAAACCAUGAACAGUUACCAAAAUGAUUGAUUCUGUUUCAUUGUUUUGAAAUGGCAAAAAUAGAUUUCACACUAAUGGGUGUUAUUACAUAAAUUUCAAGUGUAUCUCUAAAAAUAGUAAAAUGUCAAAUAACAAAAAGAAGCCUGAAAUUCAACAUUCUCCCUUACAUAAUUGUUGAAAAAGAACCAAGGAAAUACAAGAAUGGCAAAAAAUGGCUGUGCCCAAUCAAU